GUUAGGAAGGAGCAUAAUGCUAAGAUAAUCAAUACCUACUCUCUUUCCUCUCAAGAAUCAACUAGAUUUAAUUUUUAAUGCGUUACUUCCGCAUUUAAGCCUUCUUAUGCAAGUACGAAGUACGUUUUAUGAUAUAAUAAUAUAUCUAGGUUAGAAUCCAAGUAAUGUGGCUAUGCAAGAUUGUCAACAAAAAAUUUAUCUCAAAGUCAAUAUUUGAAACACAACUAUGUAGAAUUGAUAAAUUAUUUAUAAGAUUUCAUUCUUGGAGACGACUGGAAGAAGCAUAUGAAAUAAUUAAAAAGAAGUGCCAUUCAAAGAAGUUGCCGAAAGAUGUGAAUCCAAAAGCAGUGUUCGCGUGUAACGAAUUAGAUUUGAAAGAGGUUAAAGUCUAUGGCUUCGAUUAUGACUAUACACUGGCCUGUUAUAAACCUUCACUAGAUUACCUCCUCUAUAAUCUGGGACGACAGACUCUCAUCGAACAGUAUAAGUAUCCACAAGAAAUAUCAACAUUGGAAUAUAAACCUGGCUUUGCAGUUCGAGGGUUGCAUUACGAUAUUGAAAAAGGAAUUUUACUGAAGCUUGAUUCCUUUUUGCAAAUACAAUUUGGUUCUGUAUAUAAAGGCCUUACUCCACUGUCGAAUGAAGAAGUUUUGAGAUUGUACAAAAAUAGAAUUAUUCCCAUUGCAUAUGUGGAAGGUCAUACAAAAAACUCAGCGUUGGUUUUACAGGAAUCGAAUACCAAAAUGGUGCAGUUGGCUGAUCUCUUUUCUGUACCAGAAAUGGGACUAAUAUGUAAUGUAGCAGAUUAUUUCGAAAGAAAUCACAUCGACUAUCAUCCUGAAAUUUUAUUCAGAGACAUAAAGAGCUCGAUUAGAAAUUCCCAUCCGGUCAUGCAUAAAAUAGUUGCACAAAAUGUUCCAAAGUAUAUAGAGAGUAAUGACAAACUAGGCCCAUUUUUCGACAGACUAGUGAAAGCCAAUAAAAAACUGUUUUUGGUCACGAACAGUCCAUAUGGUUUUGUAAAUAAAGGUAUGGAAUUCAUGGUAGGAACUAACUGGAAAGAUUAUUUUGAUGUUAUCAUUGUUCAGGCGAGAAAACCAAGAUUUUUCACAGACUUGUCAAGACCCAUCAGGGUUUUUGACGAAAGAAGUGGAACCCACAUUUGGGAUCGAGUGACAAAAUUAGAAAAAGGGAUAAUAUAUUAUGAAGGUACUGUAAAACAAUUACAAGAUUUGACUGGCUGGCGAGGACAUCAAGUACUUUAUUUUGGAGAUCAUCCUUACAGUGAUUUGGCUGACGUUACUUUAGAACAUGGAUGGAGAACUGGGGCUAUAAUAACUGAGUUAACGCAUGAAAUUGCAACUCUUAAUAAUCCAGAAUUCAAGAAGAAUGCUAAUUGGUUACAAAUGUUGACACAAUUGAUUGAAGAUCAUCAAGAUUGUGAAGAUCCAGAGGAACAGAAAGUUUUAGCAAGGUGGAUGGCAGAAAGAGAUAGUAUACGGAAUGACAUCAAAUACGUCUUCAAUGAACAAUUUGGCAGCGUUUUUCGCACUUACCAUAACCCAACCUAUUUUUCUAGAAGAUUGUUCAGAUUUGCUGAUAUAUAUACAUCAAACAUAUCAAAUUUAUUGAGUUAUUCUGUCAAUCAUACAUUUUACCCCAGAAGAGGUGUUAUGCCGCAUGAAUAUAUAUCAUAUUUUGUAUAGAAUUUCACUUAAUUUAUUUAUCUAGUAUAUUUUGAUUGAAUAAUUUUUUAUCAGUACAACUGAUUCUCUCUUUUAUAUUAUUUUCAAUUCACAGUAUUAUUGUGAUCGAAAUAUAUUUUGAAAUUUAUUUUCCAUAUAUUUACAAGGCGUAACACAUUUUACAAGCAGUAUUUAUAAAGCUCUACAAACAAGUACAAAUCAAAAAUAAUUAUUAGGUUUACUUUAUAAUUGUUCAAUAAUUUGCUCAAAUAUUGUGUUGAUUAUUUUUGUAAGGAAUAAUUGAAAAUGUCAAUGGAUCAUAAAAGUGAAACUCUUAUCCUAAUUUCCAUUGUAAAUGAAUAUUGGAGUUAAAUUGAUGCCUUUCGUUUAGUGAAAUGCUUCAAUUAGAUUCACUUACUUUUUCACUUAUUCCAGAUAAUUAUAUUCUCAUUGUAUUAGUGAAGUAUGUGCCAUUUUGAGAAAAUUAAAGACAUUUUUGAGCAUCAAAACUGCCAAAAGUGUGUUCCUACAUUAUUGAAAUAUGACUGAUUUCAAUCAAAUGUUCAAAAAAUUACAAUUUACUUGACAAUAAUUAUCUCCGAUGUUAUUCCACGGAUGGAGACGAAAAAUAAAUUUACCUAAUUCAGUAGUUGCAGUUUUGUGACUGCCAAAGUACAGUAAUUUCAUGCAUGCCAAUUUUGUUUCUUUUGCAUCUCAUGAAAAAAUGAACAAGUAGAAGCAUAGAUAGGGGGUACAAGUU